AAGGUGUUCUGGGAAAGUCGCACACAUAGUGCGGUCGCCAUAUUUGCUUGAAUUUACUAACUUAAGGCUAGAUGGAAAAUAACAACAUAGCGCUGUUUUAUUUGUGAAUAUCUCGUGUGUUUCUUUUUUCCGUACAAAUAACUGUUGCGGAAAGGGAGCGGUUGCAUCUUCUUUGUCUUUGUAUUUGCAGUUUAUUGACGGUUUAUUUGGCAGCGUUAGUUUAGCCAGCGCGGAAAUGGGGCGCUCGAGGAGCCGCAGCUCGUCCCGGUCAAAGCACUCGAAAAGCGGCAGCAAGCACAGCAAAAAGCGCGGCAGCCGCUCCAGGUCCCGAUCCAGAGACCGCGAGAGGAGCAAGAAACGCUCCCGGUCCCGGGAAGCCAAGAGGAACCGACGGCGAGAGUCGCGCUCCAGGUCCAGGUCGAACAGAGAGCGGGCCAGGGGAACGUCGCCGGUGGAUAGAGUAGACAUGUUCGGCCGCACGCUGAGCAAACGCACCGCCGCCGAGGAGAAACAGAGGAAGGAAGAGGAGGAGAAAAAAGCAGAGAUGGAGAGACAGAGGAAGAUCCGUCAGCAGGAGAUCGAGGAGCGUCUGAUUGAGGAGGAGACGGCACGGAGAGUGGAGGAGCUGGUGGCACGGCGUGUGGAAGAGGAGCUGGAGAAGCGGCGCGACGAGAUCGAGCGCGAAGUGCUCCGGCGCGUCGAGGAAGCCAAGCGCAUCAUGGAGGCACAGCUUCUACAAGAGCUCGAGAGACAGAGGCAGGCCGAGUUGAGCGCACAGAAAGCCCGCGAGGAGGAAGAAAAAUCCAAACGGGAGGAACUGGAAAAAAUUUUGGAAGAGAACAACAGAAAGAUCGCUGAAGCUCAGGCUAAGCUGGCUGAGGAUCAGCUGCGCAUAGUGGAGGAGCAGCGAAAGAUCCAUGAGGAGCGAAUGAAGCUGGAGCAGGAGAGACAGAGACAGCAGAAGGAAGAGCAGAAGAUCAUCCUGGGGAAGGGCAAGUCCCGACCUCGCCUGUCCUUCACGCUCAAAGCCACAGACUGAUCACUGACUGCAACCCUCACUUCACUUCCUCAUCUCUCUCUCUCUCUCUCUCUCUCUCUCUCUCUCUCUCUCUCUCUCUCUCUCUGGAAGAUAACUUCAUGUUGAAGCGAAUCUCCAGACUUUUUCAAAGAGCGGUUUCUUCUGCCCUCCGUGUCUCUCCUCUGGGUUCGACCAAACUUCACAAACCUCCAGUUGGAGAAACGUUUCACAAAUUCACAAACUUCUCCCUGACUCAAGGGUGGACUUUGCUGCCACCUCCACGGACUUUCAGUUUUAGCGGCUUUUAUGUUUUGACAGUGCUGUGUAUAGGAUGCUUCCUUUUUCUCCGAGUAUGGGGGAAAUCCAUUUUGUUUUUACUGGAUUGCAAAAGCAAUGAACUGUGUGUGUGUGUGUGUGUGUGUGUGGUCCUUUAAUAUUGAAGAUUCAAGCACAGGUUCUUUGUCCACCGCUUGAAGCCAUCCAUUUGUGUAACAGGGGUAAAAAUACAUCAGGAUGAAAAUGGUGUGAGGGUAAUUAGAAAUGUCACAUGACGAGUAUAUAUGUAGUAUGCGGUCAGUUUUUUUGUGAGCAUCAUAAACCAGGCGAGAUUCGGUAUGACCCAUCCUCCUCCAUUGUGCCCAUAUUGUCCCGUUUGAUUCGGACCUUUGACGUUUGCGAAUGUACGAUCUGACAAAACCGUGGAAGAGACGUGUGCAGACUGCUGAUUCGGAUUCGUUUAGACAGUUCAUACGUGGGUUAUGCAAAUGUCUACUGUUCGUACAAGGAAAUCAGGAGAUGCAGGUAAGAUCGGUUAGGGUGUGUGUGUGUGAGUGCAUGGUGUGUGUCUGUCUGUAUGUUAGGAGCUAGCUUAUCAUAUUGUGGACAAUUUCCUCCUGUCUUGUAAAUUGGAGUCGUUCAUUAAUAAAUCCUGCAAAUAGGUUGCCGUGUCAGAUUCA